UUUAUAAGUUCAGAAUUAAAAUCCAAGACUUAGAACUCUUUAAAUGUUGAUUCAGUAAAAGACUUUGUAUUGCAAAGAAAAGAAAAAGAAUAAAAAACAGAAAAAUCUACAAAAGGAGCAAAGUAGCUGGAAAAUAUUCAAAUCCAGCCAAAUCUGACAUAUCCAAAAAUGGAAUCAAGGAUGUUAUUUCAAAGGAAUAUAUUUGAGUGUUAUCUGUGCGGUGUUAUAGUAACAAAACCAAAAGCUUUGCCAUGUCUUCACAGUUUUUGUGUUGAAUGUCUUAGUAUCUAUAUUUCUGCCAAUGCCAUUGACACAACAAAGACAUUUCCUUGUCCACAGUGCUUGAGAAACAUUAAACCAAAAGACACAUCAAAACCUAUUCAAGAAUGGGCAGCUUUAUUCCCAGAUAAUAUUUUCCUCCUUAAUCUGCUGAACAACUCAAAGAUUAGAUCACUUUUAAAUAUCACCAAUGAAAGUAAUAUAACGAAGAAGAAGAAACCUUUUUCUAAGAUUGCAUACUUUAAUUGUCCUUCACUGAGAAAAAGUGGUAAAAUUUCUGAUUUUUAUACAAAGCAAUCUGUGAAUAGUCAAUAUAUUACAAAGUCUGUGACAUACUCAACAAAAUCAGCUAAAACAAUAGUUGAAAGUAUCCCUUGUAACAAAAAACACUUUCAGUUUGAAAGCAAAAGAAAUACUGAUAUUAGCUAUACUAGAAUCUUCCGAAGUAACCGGAAACCAAUGUUGGAUGCCAGGGUAUCAGAAACACAUUUCAAGAAUUAUUUUGUUAAUAAACCAAACCCAGUUGAGAAAGGAACAAAUGUUAAGCAGGAUACUAAAAGGAAAAGCAAUGUUUCUAAUGACUGUCAAAGUAAAUCAAACAUGAAUAAAAACUGCAAAGAAGUCCAUGCAGAACUUUUUGAUGGGUUCAAAUGUACAAUCCCUGGAAUUGAAAUUACAAGUGAACCAAGCAACAUUCUAGUUACUGCCGAUAGCUGUAUUUUAGUGGCUGACCCUAAGAACAAGAACAUCAAGAAGUUUUCUCAAGAAGGACUCCUACUCGACUUAUAUAAACUAAAUUCAGCACCAUCAGACAUAACACUUAUUUCAACAACUCAGAUUGCAAUCAGUUUCUUCUUAAGUUUUGAACUGUGUUUCCUUACACUUAGCAAACCUUUCAAGGUUACUGGAAGAUUGUCAGUACCAAAACAAUAUCAGAAACUUUCUCGUGGUAUUGGCUGGACAUUGGUAGGGCUCAGUAUGAAACCAGGAGGACUGGCAACAUUGGAUGUAUUCUCUUUCACUGGGGAAAUAAUAAACAGUUUAAUUGUUCAUGUGAAAGGUGAAUGUGCUUACCUGACCACAUCCCCACAUGGGGAUAUGCUUAUUUCUAGUUGCAAAGAUAAAAUAUUAAGUUGUUAUGAUGUUAAAGGAGCAUUGAAGUUCCUGUAUUUUAAUACUGACCAGGCUGCUGUUAUAGACCCAAAGGGCAUAUGUAUUGAUCCAGAUGGCUUUAUAUAUCUAGCUGAUGGUAAAGUCAGCAAAAUCCACAGACUCAAUCCUGAUGGUACUUAUGACUGUGAGUUUUUGUCAGCUUUUGAUGGAAUUGACCGGCCUGCAGUAAUGUGCAUGGAUAAAACUGGUUACAAGUUGAUUGCUGCACAAUCAGAUGGAGAAAUUAAAAUGUUUAUUCUUCAUCCUCACAUGAAGCUAAAUAAGUAACAGAAUGCUAACAACAACAAUUAUUAAAUUGCCAGUAGAAAGUAAAUGAAGUAAAAUUGCUGUCAUUACAUUAAUCAAUCAUCAAACUGAUUUUAUUAAAUACACAUGAAUUAUAAGCAUUCUAAAUACAUUGUUUCCAAGGUAAAUAAAACCCGUUUACAUAAACUUUUGGAUGACGCAAGCCUUCAAAGGACUAGUCUAUUACAUUGAAGUUCAACUUACAAUGGGGACAACCAGGCUGAUUAUGACUUCUAUACAGUCUUUUGGAGUCUAAUUCCAUCUUCAGAAUCAAUCUUUCUCUCUGGUAACACCCUUUUCGGAUAUUUCCCUUCACAGAUCCAUAUCCAGUCCCAUUUGAAGUUUGUGAUACAUUGCACUAACAACACAAUGAAAGCUGAGACCACCAUAAAGAAAUUAGACUAAGGUGAUACUGAUACCAGUGAAGUUUCUGUCAUGUAAAUGUUAUUUUUGCAUGUUUAUUAAAGAUCAAAGUACAAUUUAAUGGCUUCACUAAAUAUAUUUUGGCUGUUGACAGCAAACCCUUGAACUCAUAGACUUAUUUCUUGAUGGGUUUUCAAACCCUUACUAAGCAAAAGAAAAGUGAUAAGCCUAGAAAAAGAUUUUAACUUCAAAUCUAGUGAGAUCAAAGGUAGAUGAAUGUGGUGUGAGAAUCAAGCUAAAUAAUAUGGUUAAAGAAAUUAUAUAGGAAAUGCAAUAUUAUAUAAAGAGAUUCUUAUGUCAAGAGUAAAUGCAACUUUGUCAUAGACACAUACUGGCAUCUAGCAAUUUAGGGAUGGCUUAAGGAAUUUUGGAUACUUGAAAAGAUCUAAGAAUGAAAGACGUUGCUAGGUGAUUUACAGUAAUAAGAUCUUAUUGUACAUUGGUGACGAUAUAAAGUAUAUAUUUUAAGGAUUAUUCAGUAGAAUAAAAUUUGAUCCUUACAGGAUUAUUCUUUUUCAAUAAGGAGCAGAAAGUUUGAGUUUUUCUUAACAACUGUUUCAUGUGUGUUUGUGUGUUUUAUGAAGUUGUAUAAUAUAAUAUGUGAAGUCAGGGGGAAAAAUAACAACAUAAAGUUUGAAGUCAUCUUUCGUCAGGAGAAAAAUACUUUCGUCUGUUAAUCAAGACAAGAUAUAAUAAACAAUAUUAAAUAGAAUUUAUAGAUAAUGUUGGAUAGAUUUAGUUAUAGGAAAGGAGUAUCAUCAAGCUGUGUCAUUUGAUUUUAGUUUUCAAAUGAUAUGUUUCAUUUAACUACUGUAGAUACAUCAAAUCUUCCUAUUUCUUCUCUCCAAUAAAUCCAAAAGGCUUUAAGGAAAAGCCUCUUCAUAGUUGUUUGAGCUGCUAAAAAGAUCAACUAAUUUUCCCUAAAAUCAUACACAACACAUAUUAAAGAGGAUACAGUUGUCAAUGUAAUCAUAGAUAUACUUGCCUGAAAAGAUGGGAUGUAGAGGGCUGGAGUGCACUUUGUCCAUAGGUGUUUUUAAUCAAGGCUUAUCUGAAGCAAAACAACCAAUAUCUCAAGAAAAAUAUAAACAAGAAUUUAAAGUUUUAUGCAAUACUCAAGUGAUCCAUUUCCAUAAUUUGUCGAAAAUCAAUUGAGUUUCUUACAGAAAACUUUCUUUCCAUUUGUGAUGUUCCCACUACAUUGUAAGUUCAAAUUUCACUGUUGUUGACUUUUAUUUCAUCCAGGAUCAAUAAAAUAAUAAGCACCUAA